AUGCGCGAAAACUCGGGCCCAAUCACUCCGAACUCGCUGAUGAAUCGACUGGCCGCCGCCAAGACUACGGUCCAAGUGAGGUGUGGGGUUUGUCAGGAGAUCUUGACCUGGUAAGGAGGGGUUUUUGAGGGAUUUGUGGCGAGUUGCAAGGGAAAUUUGUGGUGAAAUUUGCGACAAAAAAUAAUUUUUUUUGUAAAAAUGAAAUUUUUGAAAAAAAAAUUUUUUUUUUGAUAAAAAUGAAAUUUUUGAAAAAAAAACAUUUUUUUUGGCAAAAAUGCAAUUUUUGAAAAAAAAAAAUUUUUUUGAUGAAAAUGUAAUUUUUGAAAAAAAAAAUUUUUUUUGAUAAAAAUGGAAUUUUUGUAAAAAAAAAAUUUUUUUUGAUGAAAAUGUAAUUUAUGAAAAAAAAAAUUUUUUUUUGAUAAAAAUGGAAUUUUUGUAAAAAAUUUUUUUUUAAAUACGUCGCAACUUUUAGUGCAAAUUUAAUAAAAUUUAAUAUCUAAUUCAUCAAAAAAAAUUUUUUAGCUUAGAAACUUUUAAAAUACGCUAUAGUUAACACAGAACCUUUUAAAUUUAUUACAAAAAAUAAAUAUUGUCGUAUGAAAAAUCCAUCCUACAAAUUUCAAAUUCGCCUCCCAUUCUUCGGACGGUAAUUUGAUAAUUACCUGCAGCGGAUUCGAUUACAAAUUGUGUUCUCAUUAUUAUAACAUUACAUGCUUUAAUAUUCCGGUCUCGAUUUCAUUUCCCAGGCCCUCCCCGAAAAGGGCAUACGAGAUCUUUUAUGCAGGUAAAAGAGGGGGCUUGGAAACGAAUCGAGAUCCUUUGUUUAUGCCGAUGCGGUAAAGAGAUACGUUUAUUGGGAUGGACUUGAGUGUCAUUCUGCGAAAUUUGGUUUCGUAAGCGCAGAAAAGGAGAAAUUUUGAAUUGCACGGUGCGAAAAUUGGAAAAGCAGAUUUUGCACGGUGCAGAAGAGAGUUUAUAGGUAAAAUACGGUGCGGAAUGCAGCCUUUGACUCUGUAGAAAAUUCAGAAAAAUUCUAAUUUUUUUAUUUUACUGUCGCACGGUGCAAUUUUCCCUUUUUUAUUCAAUGCACUGUGCGGAAACAAAAAUAGAUUUUUCACUGUGCCAGUUUCAAUUUAUUAUCAAAAAAUGACGUCAUUUUUCUUGUCAUCAUGUCUAGUUUAUAUUUUAUUGGUAUUUUUAUUUUUUUCGAUUUUCUGCAUCGCGCAGUAAAAUUAAAUUUUUCCGCACUGUGCAAAUUUUCAAAAACAUGUUUUGCACAGUGCAGAUGGGGUAGAAAUAUAAAAUAUUUUUUUGACAGGUGCACGGUAGCGACAAAAAUUUUGUCAAAUAUAAAAUACGCCGCUUUGUUCAGUGUUUUUAUUAUAAUUCACACAUCCAUUUCGCCGCACAGUGCAAAAUCAAAAAAUCGUUUUUUCUGCACUGUGCGUCGUUUCCGUGAAUUAGCGCUCAAUAUUUAACCCGCAAAUUAGCCGCGAGUAUUCCCAAAAAUACGCGGCGGGUCUCCAGAAAAAGAAGAACGGUAAACAUUAACCGGAGUGAACUGCCUAAAUACGGGCAUAGACACAAACAAUCGUAUUUGUCUCCAUUACUUUUUGUCAUUCACUUUUCAAGAGCGAGUAAUUUUUGACUUUUCGGGGUAAAAUACGGAUGAUUUUCCUGCCACUCAAAAAAAUUUCGCAAAUUAUUUUUUUUUCAAAAAUUUGCAUAUUUUAAAAAAAUUGCAAAAAAAAUUUUUUUAAAAGGUAUUCAAGUGAAAAUUUCAGCACUACAAGUCUUCGCGAGCACAUUGACAGCCGAAUCCACCUGCAUCGCGCCUCAGUUCUGAUGCUCCACUCCGCCAGCGCAAAUCCAUCGCCAGGCCGAAGGGGGUCGGCUCUGAUUUCGUCUCAAAAUAACCCCGGAGGCAUCGAAUAUGAAUGUGUAAAUUGUGGAGAAAGUUUUGAUGAUCAAGGCCUCGCAGCUGGUAAGAUUUUUGAUUUUUUGGUUUUUUAGCAAUUUUGCACUGUGCAGAAGUUUUGUUUGAAAAUUUUUGAAAAUUUAAAGUGCUUACACAUUAAAAAAAAUUUUUUUUAACUAGGCAGUUACUGAUUCUGAAAUUUGCUCGUUGCACGGUGCAAUGGAACUAAAUUUUAUGUCUGCACGGUGCAAAAAAAAUUUUUUUUUUUUGCACGGUGCAAAAUUAAAAUUUAAGAAAACUGCACUGUGCAAUGAAGAAUUUAUUUGAACUAAAAAUUUUUUGGUAAAAUACGGGAGUUUUGACUAUGUUUAGGUUCGAAACAAAGUAAAAAAUAAAAAUUUCAGCCCACAUUCCCCAAUGCUCUCAAACAAGCAACAAUGAAGAUAAAGGUAGGUCAAAAAUCGUGUUUCGUAUUUUACAUGUCCUUUUGUCUUAUUUCACAUCUAAAAUUUAUAUUUUUUGACCGAUUUUUUUCUUUUCUUUUUCUUUAAAAAUGGUAACAUUUUUAGUUUUUUUCAUAUUUUACCACUUUAAAACUCCUUUAAUUCAAGUUUAUUUUGAUUCCCCAAUUGAUCAAGUCAUCCAAAACCACUCCAUUUCAUUCUCUCCCCUCUUCCCAACUUCUCUUUCAAUUCUUUUUCCAAUUUCCCCAUCCAAUAAGCGCCUCCGUCUAAUCCGAACUGACGCCUCAUUGUGAUUCAGACCGUAUUCAAGGUGAAUCCCCAUUCCAGAACUAAUCGCAUAAUCUGUGAAUGGAUCCCAAAAUGGGUUGGCAUUUUCCGAGAGUUCUUUUCAAAUUAUUUUAGUCAUCCGAAUUUUCGAAGCGUACUGUAAUGAAAAAAGAGGGAAGUUCAAGGUAAAUCAAAGCGAUUUCGAUGAAAGUGGUCGAUAUUAUGGACUCCUAGAAGGUUUUUUGACACACUUAAAUUAGCUUUUACCACACAAAAAUUUGUAAAAAUUCAAUUUCUUCUCAAAAUGGCACUUUUUUGUAAAAAAAAGUAAUUUUUUGUGUUUUAGCCUAAUUUUAUGUCUAUUUUACGAUUGAUAAUUUAUCGCUAUGGUACUCUGAUUAAUUACAGACGUUUUUCUGGCCUAUUUCAACUUAUUUUGAGCUUAAAUUUGCCUAAUUUUUAAAUACAGGGUGCGGCAAUUUUUCGGCCGGAUUUUAAUUGGCCAUAACUUUUUUAGUUUUUGGGAAAAUGUUAAAAUUCUUUUUUUCCCUGAAUCCAUAGACAACCCCAUUUUGUUUAAUACCAAGUAUGUUAUACCCGUUCAUUAGACUACAGUAAAAAUACGAGACAAAGAAAAAGCUCUAAUUUUCAUAGCUGACAAUGGAACUACCCCUAGUGCGACUCUCAGAUUUUCUUUAAAUUUUGCACAUGGGCCGGACAUAGGCCACACAUCAAUUUCUGAAAGUUUCAGCCCGCACCUUUCAGGGGCGACCAAGAUAUUCAACGAUUCUUUGCUGUCAGGAGGGCACAUGAGUGGUCACACAGAAAAACUUUUUGGCUAUAUCUUCCCUAGUUUUGUGCGGAGAUAGCUGAUUUUUUGUGGAAACUGUAUUCUCCAUGGCAUGAACAGGCAUGAAACUUUUUACGACAAAAUUCGUAAAAAAAGUCAUUUUUUCUGGCGAUUUUCACACACGCCGAAAAAGCAGAGAAAACGACCGAAAGGCCAAUAACUAUGAACUAGGUCCCUGUAUAUAUAACGUAUUUGGUAUUAAACAAAAUGGGGUUGUCUGAGGAUUCAGGGAAAAAAAGAAUUUUAACAUUCGGAUAAAAACUAAAAAAGUUAUAGCCAAUUCAAAUCCGGCCGAAAAAUUGCCGCACCCUGUAAAAUUCAACAAAAAUUGUUGUUUUUUCAAAUUUCUUCCAAAAAAUGCGUCAUAGUGAUCGAUUUCUCAAGUAGCUUAGUUUAUUCCACAGAGGACCUAUAAAACGUAUUUUACAAAUAAUUUUUGAUUAAAAUUUGCAUAAAUUAUCUUAAAAUUUAAAAUUUUCGUAUCCAAAAAAUGCGUCAUAAUGACCGAUUUGUAAAAUAAUUUGCUUUAUUCUGAAUCGCUAGGUUCAAAUAAACGUAUUUUACAAAUAAUUUUUGAUUAAAAUUUACAUAAAUUAUCUUAAAAUUAAAAAAAAUUUUAUCUUCCCAUUUUUUGACAAGAUCUCCUACCUUUCUACAGUAGCCCCAUGACCCUUACUCUACUCAUUUUUGCAAGUUCAUUGCCGUCUUCUAGCCCCGCCCUUUUUUCCUCACUAAUCGUUUUCAUUCAUUUGUCAUCCAAUCAGCUUCCAUCCCCAUUUUUUCCAAAAAGUAAUCACAGUUUGCCGAUUGUUGGUCUCACCUCGUCGCAAUUGAUUAUUCACUCCACGCCCUUCUUCGUCUUCACAGGAGUCGUCCCCUUUAAUUCGCCUUUUAUUAACGGUUCACUCCUUUUCGGGCCUCCAACUGUGCCGAAAUUAUGAAAAUUAUUAUUUCAUUGAGUUGGGAAAGAGGUGCGGUGAGGUGACAGGUCUCCAGGGCAAAGAAUAUGAAGGAAACUUUGAUGGCAGUUCCUUUUCUGAUGAUUUUUUUCUGAAAAACAUUGAAUUCUUCCGGGUUUUGCUAAAUUUUUUCUUAUUUUUGACCAAAAAUUAAAAAUUCAUGUUUGUUACAGUAAACCAAAUUACUUUUUUAGAUCUUAUUCUUACUGUAUCUACAAUUUCUGAUAGUUUUUGGUCGAAAAAUCGACUUGAAACACAAUGCCAAAAUUUGGCGGGAUAUUCAAAAAUUUGAAUUUUGUAUGGCCUUAAGCCUUGUAAAUACUGUAAAAGGAAGAUUUUUAGACCUCUUGCUUACUUCAAGACCUGUUUUUAACCUCGAUUCUUCUUAAUACAACAUAACUUCCCCUCAGGCGAAGACUCAAAAAUUUUCCCUAAUCCCGAAAACCUUAUAAUAGAUUAUUAUUGGGCCUUUUAUGCAAUUAAGCGCAUUGUCCUGAAUUUGAAAGACCUCUCCCUGCCAACGGCCGCUAAUUUCUCUGGCCUCUCUCCGCAUUCCCCGCACUCUCUGCGCCUUCAUUCCGCCCAUUAGAUGCCAUUUUCUCAACUUGAAGCGGGGAAAGGUGCGAAGAGCGGCGCCAUGCCCUCGGGGCCAUUAUGGAAGACCGUGUUCCGCUCUAAUGAAGCCGCGGCCGUGGUUCCGGCCGCGGCCCCCCAAAAAAGGUGUUGGGGGCCGUCAUUACAAGCGCUCUUCGGCCGGCCGCUCAUUCGCCUCAUUUGACGGCCAAGACGGGGUACGGUAAUUAGUGGUGUGAGUUGCUUUAGGCCUCGUUGUGGGGAUGAAAAGCGAAAAUUGGUCGAAAAGCUUUGAAAACGUCUUAGAAAAUUGAAGUUUUCCCGCAAAUUGGCUUAAUUAGGCAUGUGGAUUUAGCCUUAGGGGAUAUGAAGAGGGCGUGAAGUGAGGAAUAAGCUAAUUUACGCGGUUAAUUAGGCUCGAUUUUGAAGAGAAUUUGCAUAAAAUUUCAAAAAUUCAAAAUUUUGGUUGUUUGUCCAAAAAAAUUGUCAUCAUGAUGGAAUAUUUAUUUUUUGAAAAGCUGAUGGUGAUGACUAUCUGAUUUGUCAAUCUCUUCAAGUUUUUUUCUUCCAAAAAUUUGCAUAUUUCACAAUUUUUUGGCCAUUUUAGCUUUCAGAGACUUUUUAAAAAUUUUGUUCAAAAAUUAGGUCAUGAUGACGUAUUUAUUCGACUUUCUUUUUGCCAUUUGCAUCUCCACAGACCGCUUGUUGCAAACCGAGCACUUUUUUACACAGUAGCGACCAAAAUUUGGGCCAAUUUGGCCAAUCUUUCGGCUGCACUCUGUGGGCCGGAUUUUUUCAAAAAUCUUCCAAAUUUAACUUAAUUUUGAGUUUAGCACAAAGCUAAUUAGGCCCAUUUCUUUUUGCUCUUCCCCUCCAACGUGGCCGUACCCCGCAUUCGCGUGACCGUCCCCGCUUCGGGCCACAAAUUUGUAAUUUCUCGGGCCCGCCGCAUAAUUAUCGCGCGCUUAUCUCGGCGCCUAAUCACAGCACCCGACCCGGGCCUCCAUGUCACAAUCAGCCGCACACAUCUUGUUCUAGAGACGUUUUUCGUGGCCCACAAUUGCGGGAAUGGAGGGGUGUGGGGGGAGAGUGGCGCGGCCGGCCGAACGAACGAAACGCCCAAACAAAGACCUCGUUAAUUUCGACGCCUCUAAAAACUUGGCAGUCCCCGGAGGCCGCCGCGAAUCGCUGCUUGAUUUUUGAUGAAUCGCCUCCGCCGCUUAUCCCUCGGCCGCAUCUUCGGCCGCCGUCACUCAUUUAAGAAUUCCGUUUCAAAAAUUUGUUCUGACUAAUUUCGCGCCCGCCCCAUGACCUCCGGCGUGCGCUGUGAGGGAUGGUGUGGGAUUCUGAAGCAUUUUUAGGGCUUUGGAAUGGAUGUGGACACCAGGAUUACUGUAAUUAGUAAUGCCUUUUGGGGAAUGAGGAUGUUUUUUGGGAACUUUCUAUUUUUAGACAAGGAAAAUGUUGGUAUGCGAUAAAAAAUGGCUUGCACAAUGUAGAUAGAAAAGUUUAGCAUUGCAAUGGAAAGUAGUCGGACUAGUUUACUGCAUCUUAUAGCCAUUUUUGCCAAGAAAAUUACAAAAAUUCAAUUUUUUCGGACAUUUUUUAGAAAAUCACAGUAAUUUAGAUAUAUUUCUUUCAUGAUUAUGCUGUCUAAAGCCUCCUAACAUCUCUAUUUGUCUUUACAGUAAUAGCUUUAUCAACAUAAUUGCAUAAUUUUCGGAGUUUUCCCCUGAAACCCACUAAAAAUCACAAAAUUUUCUAUUUUUUCUUUGUUUUUCCCUCUAAACGCCAAAAAUACCAUCUCAAAAACAUCUCCAGAUCCUCCUCAUUUCCCAAUCUCUCUUUCUACAUCACAAUUGUGUCCGUGGCUUCGGAAAUUCCUUCACAAAAUCGGAGAGUUUCCCUCAAUUGGCCGUCAUUCGUCAAAGGCCUCAAUGAGUCUCAUUAUUCAAGAAGGAGCGCUAUCCCUUCUUUGGUCUGGGCUGUUAAAGUUAUUUCCCCGCCGGCCCCAACUUUCGGGUUAUCGAAGUUUCGCGGCUUUUGAUUUAUGGGAUGUAUGCAAAUUUGAUGGUCAUUCAUCGUUGCCGUAUUUUCGGGAAUGAUAGCCGUAGACAAAAAAUAUUUUUGUUGAUUUUGUGAGCUUAUUUUUAUGUGGGAAUUAAAAUUUUUGUCAAAACUAUCAAAUUUGGUAGUGUCAUGAUGACACAAAAAAUCCGUCAUUAUGACUGCUGAAUAUUGCCUUGUUAGGGCUAUAUAAAAAUUUUGUUAGUAUCAGAAGGUCAUAAAAAGGCAAUUGCAAUUUUACUACAUCAGCAUUACAGUCUAAAAAGAUGUCAUGACGACGGUCAUAAUGACACUUUUUAGGUAAUUUCUGGAUAAAUUUUUUUUUGAAAACACGGAUUUUCUGUAGUCUGAAGAAGCUCUUGCGACAGUUAAAACGAUUUUCCAGCUUCCAAAAAAAAAGCGUCAUCAUGACGCCAAAAAAUCGGUCAUCCCGACCGACCCUCCCAAUAAUGGCGGAAGCAAAAUUGGCCAUUAUGCGGAUUGUCCCGUGGGCCAAUUUUCUUCUCGCCGCCCAUAAUAAUUUCGCAUCCGGCCCAAUAACUUCCACAUGAAAUGAUUAUUUGAACUUUAUUUAAAUGGAGACCGGCCGGCGGUUUCUCCGUCUUCGGCCGCGGUCCGAAAUUGGCCAACAAGUGCCUCCACGCCUCUCUCACUCCCCUCCUCAUUGGCCUUCUCCACUUAUGUGUCCUCAUUUGGCGGCAGGUUUGGGGCCUGAGGGCAUUUCGGGGCGAUGCCUCUUCCUUUCGGCCCGUCUUUCGGCCGCUAAUUGGCCAAGGAGGGUGCGAAAUGAGGAUUGGAGGUGUGUAAUGAGAGGGUACUGUAAUUAGAAAUUGCGGGAUGGAGUUUUAGUGUGAGUUUUGACGUUUGAAAUUUGACAUUAAAAUGUCUGAAAAAUGUGUCAUUAUGACGGAAUUUUGUGAAAUCUUGGGUUUGAAAAAAUUUUGUUGCAGUGUCAGUGACAUUCUACAGCUAAUUUCAGGUUUUAAUCAUGCCUUUAGUAAAGAAAAAAUGAUGUCAUGAUGACGUAUUUUAUUAUGUCGUUAUGACAUUGCUUGAAAUAGCCGGCGGACAAAUAAAAAAAAAAUAAUUUUUUGUGCGAUGACAUAUGACUUUGCUAUCAAUUUUAUAAAACGACAUAAUACGAUGACAAAUUUAAAUGUGUCAUGACGACGUAUUAAAAUUGAUCAUCAUGACUGCGGAAGAUGGAAGCAAAUUUUGAAGAUUGUUCUCUAGAUGUCGUAAAAAAUAUAAGGCCAUGAUUUUCGAGUAGUAGCAACAUAUGUUGAAUGUUUAAAAUACGCCAAUUUCGAUUUUACAAUAUUUCUCUCAUCCUUGUUACAGUAACCUCAAAUCCCAUUUGCAAACGCUGAGCAUGUCAUGCCGAGUACCUGCGGCCAUUUCCUUUCUCAUUACGCAAUCCCAUUUUCCCAGCCUUCCCCCCAUUUUCAUCUCAAUUACAGGCCGCCUAAGGGGUAUAUAAAAUAUUUUUGUGCGCCGCGAAAACAAAUAAUACAUCCCCGGCCCAUCGGCCGAGGGCCCAAUUUUCAGGUAGCCCUGAGGGCCCGUAUUGGGUUUCGCGCCGGAAAUUUUUUCCCCCGAAAUUUUUAUGAAUUCGAUGGGAAUGGAAUGAGUUUACUCAUUCUCAUAGCCCCGAAAUUUAUUUGCCUCACGGCGAAAAGGGCCUACCGUAUCUUCGCGGUGCCGAUUUUUGAUCGCUUGCGAAAUUAGAGAGAGAAAAUUGUGAUUUGGGUCGGAUUUUCGAAUUUUUUUUUGUUUUUCGUUGUAUUUUAACUUGAGGAUGGCUUGUAUGUCAUUCAAAAAACUUUACUAACCGUAUUUUACAAUUUUCAAAAAUUUCCCACCGCACAGUGCAGAAAAUUUUUAGUUAUUUUCUGUGAAAUCAAACUGCACAGUGCAGACUUCUUUUUUGAACCAAAAACAUGUUUGCACUGUGCAAAAACAAAAAAAUGCAAAUGCACGGUGCAAAAAUUUCUUUCUUGUCGCUGCCGCACAAUGAAGAAUAAAAACGAAAUGCACGGUGCGUAAAAUUUCAGGGUUUAGUCACUGCACAGUGCAAAAGCUUUCCUGAACCGAAAAGGGGUUUUGCACUGUGCAAAACCAAAAAGUCCGUAUGCACGGUGCAAAAAGUUUUCUUUUUUGUCGCUUGUGCCCAAUGAAACAAGGAAAUGAAAUGCACGGUGCGUAAAAUUUCAGGUUUUGCAAACUGCACAGUGCAGAGGGAAAACAGGUUCGUUCGGACCGUGCAGACUUUUUUUUGAUCCAAUAACCUGUUUGCACCGUGCGAAAACAAAAAAUGCAGAUGCACGGUGCAAAAAGUUUUCUUUUUUGUCGCUGUUGCACAAUGAGACCAGAAAAUAAAAUGCACGGUGCGUAAAAUUUCAGGUUUUGCAAACUGCACAGUGCAAAAAGAAAAAAAGGUUCGUUCGCACCGUGCAGACUUCUUUUUUGAUCCAAAAACAUGUUUGCACAGUGCAACGAGAAUUUCUUCGCACGGUGCACAAUAAAAUUUUUUUAUGAAAGUCCAGAAGAGCCUGAAAAAUCAUAAAAACAUUUUUACACUAAUUUGUCCAUAUUUUCCCCAUAAAACUUGCUUUUUUAUCCGAAUUCCCGUUGGAAUUACAGUGUAAAUAAAGCGCUCCCGAACCGAAUUAUUCAAAUUUAUUCGAAUUGAUUAACAUUUAUCAUCGCUCUCGAAAUUAAUGGGACCUGCCUGUCGUUAUGGGUCGGAGCGGUCGCGGACAUUAAUCACGGAACGACGAAAAAAGUCGGCCUUAAUGAGAACAUUCGGCCAAGUCAAUUCGACUUUUUUCUCCGCUUCAAUUUGAAUAUUUCGCUUUGAAUUCGAUUUAAAUGGGGUCCCUAAUUUUUAUUCUUUUAAAUUCCGUCAUUAUGACCAAGUUUUUGGAAGUUUGAAAGUUUUGCACCGUGCAGAAAAUAUUGAGUCUUAUUGCACUGUGCAGAAUUCAAAAAAUGUUGCACUGUGCGACGCACAUGCAAAAUUUUUACACAUUACAAAGUAAUAAUGUUAAAAAAAUCCGUCAUCAUGACAAUUUUUUCUAAAAUUUUGACUUUUGUCUUUUGCACGGUGCAAAAAGCUUAUUUUCAUUUUUUCCGCACUGUGCAAUCCAAUUUCACCCCUAGCACUGUGCGAAUUUCCUUGUUUUUUCAAUUGCACUGUGCAAAACACUUCCAAUUUCAUUCUCCGCACAGUGCAAUGAGCACGUCGCUUUCCAUUUCCCGCAAGCCCCAAAUGAGCAAUGAAUCAAAAAAAUGUCGCAAAACACUUGAUGUCGCCUCUUUUUUGACUCCAAUGAGAAAAAUUUGUGACGUGAGAUGAUUUGCGACAAGCAAAAAGGAAGCGACAGAUGCACAGUGCGGCCAAUUUUUGGGUUUCAAGGAAAAAAUGAAAUUGCACAGUGCAAAAUAUUUUUUGCUGGGUGCACAGUGCAUUUUGCUUUUUUUCACACUUGCACUGUGAAUUUUGUUUUGUCGCGGUUUCAUCUUCAUCGCGACAAACUUUUGGGCCCGCUGCACCGUGCAAAACCAAAGUUUAAAUCGCUCAGUGCAAAAAACGUUUCCAAAUGUCGCCCGUUUCCCGCGCGCACAGUGCAUUUCCUCAUCAAGUUUUUCAUCGCACAGUGCAUUCCCGAGUCUCUUGAUUUCCCGUCGCACGGUGGGAAGUCAGGGCGAUCAAAAAGCGGCGGCGACAACAGCAGAUUGGUUCCCAAUUCCGCCGCGCCUUUCCCGCACUCACUUCCAAUUUGGGGAAUGAGUUGUCGCGGCGCAGUCUUUUCAUCAUCCGCACGGUGCGCGGGAAACGAAAGUGACACUUUUUGUCGCAAAACAAACACCAACGUUUUUUGCGCAUGUUGUCGCAAAUCAAAAUGCAAAUGCGACGUGAGAAGAGCGGCAAAAACAACGGGGAGCCGCGAUUGAUUGAAGAGCGGGUUCAUUGCACCGUGCGGUGAUGAAAUUGCGAAAUUGAUUGCACCGUGCAAAGGAAAGAUUUCUGGAGAACUGAGCGCACUGUGCAAUUGAAAGAUUUCUUUUGAUUUUGCACGGUGCAGUCUGAAGGGAGCGCUUUGCACUGUGCAAAAAGCAAAAUUGCACCUUGCACAGUGCAAUGAAGAGUUUUUCUUUGGACUGCACAGUGCAACCAAUCUUUCUUUGUCGCAUUCCCUCUGCACUGUGCAAAAAAUCGAUAUUCUUUGCACAGUGCAGUGUCGUAACUUUACUUACUUUGCACAGUGCAGUAAACCUUUUCUUUUGAUUGCACAGUGCAGUCUGCGUUUUUUGUCUUAUUUCUUCCGCACAGUGCGAAAAUUUUGAUUUUUUGCACUGUGCAGUUUCUUGAAUUUCGCGCACAGUGCAGUCAAUAUUAGUCUUCUGACUGCACAGUGCAGUCAAUUUUGUCUUUUUUCCUCCGCACAGUGCAUUUUCGUGAAAUUUUUUCUUCCUAAAAAAUCGCUAAUCCUUUCAAAAUUUCAGCCCCCGAACCCAGCACCUCCAACGCCGAGUGGACGGCGAAUGCGGAGCGACUGAUGAGUAUGGGCGAAGUGGCGUUCUACUGCAAGGACUGCGACUUUUUGACGGGUGGGUCCCUUUUGAGAUUCGCGCUUUAAUUAAGUGUCCAAAAAACGGCUGAACAAGGGGAAAAUGGGUGAAAAGCGAUCGAUCUUGGCCGAAGAGGGCUGAUUAGAUCGGCGGAUGGGAAAAAAAUUCAUUUUAAUUCCGCGAUGAGACUAAUUUUUACACAAAUUCGCUUUUUUUGCCGAAAUUUGGGAGGAUAGAAGGGUUUUGGUUGUAGCGCAAUUCCAAUUAGACGGAAUUUUUUGGGCUUGGUGUCAAAUUAAAGGUCUGAAAAUGGUUUUUAAGAUAGGGCUUAUGCGAUGUUCAAAAUUUUAAAAAAUUUGCAUAAUUUUGAAGAUUCAAAAUUUGAUGACUAAAUGUUAAAUUUUCAUUUUCCCUGAGGGUAUUGAAGUCUAAUACAGGGAAAAAUGUAUUGUAUCUUUAAGACAGAGCUCCAUUCUAUUCGGAAAUAAAAAAAAUCAUAGAUUUUUUUGCUGAAAAAUAACUUUUUUCAAUGAUUUUUUUAUUUUUUGAACUAUAUCGGGCCUUUUUUUGAGUCGCUCGCCCUGAGGCGACGGUUCCAGGAACUUCUCCAAUCUACUUUAUAUAUGAAACCUCAUAUUAAAUUCUGUUAGAUUUUUGAAUUUCGAUUUUUUUUCCUAACGGUAAACCAUGUUUAAUGAAGCCUUUUUCCCAAAAUUUCUCAAGAAUGAAUCCAGAAAUCGGAUUAGAGAUUCAUCAGUCAAAGCAUUCGGAGAUUCCGUCCGCCCGAUCCCAGGUUUUGGAAGCGACUUGGGGCCUAGAUUAAUGGCCAAUUAAAAUCCACGCGACGGACGCCGUCUUUUUUUCGAAAUCCGCCAAACACUCAAAAUUAAUGGUCUGAGAUGCUGUUUUGGGCCGUUUUCGAAGGGGCUACUGUAAUUUUUUAGGGUGAUUUUUGUCUUAGAAUGUGUGGAAUGCUGGAGUCCAUAAAUGGGACGUAUUUUACAAACAAAAAAUUUUGAUAUUUUUGGAGAAAAAAUUAGUCUAAAUUUUUGAAAUUUUUUGAUUUUUUCCGUAUUUUAGCCGUGGAAUUUGGUGAAAAUUGCUUUUACUAGAACGCCAAUGUCUUAGAGACUACUGUAAUUACAAUUUUAUCUUUUUAAAAGACGAUUUUUGGCUCGCUGCGUCAGCGGUGGACAUAGGAAAAAAUCGAUUUUGGGUUUUUUGCAUAAAAAUGACCGUCGACAUGUGCUAAGGAAAAGCGAACAACAGUUUUUCUCAAUUCUGCCCGGAAGGCAUAAAUUUGCUUAAAUUUGUCUUUUUUGGAAUUUUCGACCUGGUGACGUCAUAGAAAGAGCAAAUCACCCAAAAUUUUGCUUGUAUAUGUUUUCGACCAUUGGGAAUUCAUUUUUUUGAAAAUUAAGUCUCUCAGAUUACUGUAACAUAGGCAUAUUGUAAUCCGGUCGAUAAAAAUCGACCGUAACUCCUUCGUAUCAAAAAUCCCACAGGAUUUUAUUUCAGAUUCGGAAUCAGCAUAAAAUUCUGCAUAUUAUACACAUAAUGUGAGGUCAUAACUCCAGGGGGGAGAUCGCGUAGUAUAUUGGAUUUUGGCAAAAAUUACGUUUGAAAGGUCGCGGGUUCGAUCCCCGCUUGGUGCAAAUAUUGAAAACACAGCGGAAAUCGCGUUUAAUGGAUACCUGAGGGUUAUGUGAGAUACAAUAAGCAAUUUUAAACAUUAAUGCGUAUCUAAUUGCGAUUAAAACUGAUUUUAUAUAAUUUUUGGAGACUGAAUAUGCAAAAAAUGAAACUGCUUCAAACCGCUUGAAAUUGGCAACACUUAUUCUAGGGUCAAUUGUAAGAAACUUUUGUGUUAACUUUUUUCGGUAGAUCACCGUACUAUGGAUUACUGUAGCAUUAAACGUGUCCUGAUUAACAGCAAUUUUCUUCAAAAUUCUUGCAUAAAAUAAUAAAUCGUUUUAAUUAGUCGCUUUAGACAGCGAAAAGAUCCACUUUCUAUAUCUGAAAGAAAAUUCGCCCUUAAUUGUAACGCGUCUUGAUGUCAUAAUCAAAUGGUGAAAGUGCGUCAAAUAACUCGGCCAUUCCAAACGGUACAGCCAUAAAAUUUUUUUUGUACACAAGAAAACUCUUUCUUAACCAUUCUGAGCACAAUGACGACAGUCCGACUUUUCUGCGCCAUGUGGUACACGAAAAACCAAAUCAUGUUUAAUGUUACAAUAAUCCAUGGUACGGUGAUCUACCGAAAAAAGUUAACACAAAAGUUUCUUACAAUUGACCCUAGAAUAAGUGUUGCCAAUUUCAAGCGGUUUGAAGCAGUUUCAUUUUUUGCAUAUUCAGUCUCCAAAAAUUAUAUAAAAUCAGUUUUAAUCGCAAUUAGAUAUGCAUUAAUGUUUAAAAUUGCUUAUUGUAUCUCACAUAACCCUCAGGUAUCCAUUAAACGCGAUUUCCGCUGUGUUUUCAAUAUUUGCACCAAGCGGGGAUCGAACCCGCGACCUUUCAAACGUAAUUUUUGCCAAAAUCCAAUAUACUACGCGAUCUCCCCCCCUGGAGUUAUGACCUCAUAUUAUGUGUAUAAUAUGCAGAAUUUUAUGCUGAUUCCGAAUCUGAAAUAAAAUCCUGUGGGAUUUUUGAUACGAAGGAGUUACGGUCGAUUUUUAUCGACCGGAUUACAAUAUGCCUAUGUUACAGUAAUCUGAGAGACUUAAUUUUCAAAAAAAUGAAUUCCCAAUGGUCGAAAACGUGUACAAGCAGAAUUUUGGGUGAUUUGCUCUUUCUAUGACGUCACCAGGUCGAAAAUUCCAAAAAAGACAAAUUUAAGCAAAUUUAUGCCUUCCGGGCAGAAUUGAGAAAAACUGUUGUUCGCUUUUCCUUAGCACAUGUCGACGGUCAUUUUUAUGGAAGAAACUCAAAAUCGAUUUUUUCCUAUGUCCCGGGUCCAUUACGGGCUGACGCAGCGAGCCAAAAAUCGUCUUUUAAACUUCAGAUUUCCCCUAAAUUUAACGUAAUUUUACAAUUUUUCCCUUAAAUUCCCAUUUUUUCCAAAUUUUUUGCUCCAAAUUGCAAUUGAAUGCCCCUUAUUUUCCACAAAAAUACCGUAGUCAGCCGCCCUUUGAAUCGGCUAAUUACAGGCGUUUGCUUCGGCGGUUUUCCGGGUCUUCUGACUCAACCUUCUCCCCCCACUCUUGAUUUGUUUCUUUAUGAAUUUUCUCUCGUGAGAAACAAAAAACACAAAACCCUAAGUGAAUGGAAUGAAUUCUACGUUUGUGACAAUAUAAUGUGAUACCGUUGGGGGCUGGGAAAGGUAUGAAACGAGCGGGGGGAAAUGGAGUUUGGAAGGGGCUUUUCACGGGACCGCCGGCUUCUGUAUUCGAGGAUUUGAGGGGAAAUUGGAAAUUUAUUUUGCAAAGAUUGAAGGUAAUUAGUUGUUAUAGAGGGUAUACUGUAAUUCUGAAAUAAUUUUAAGAUCGCCUAAGGGGUUUAUUUUUAUUUAUGGCAGUUUUUCGCCGUUUUCAAAGGGAAAAUGAUGAUUUUUUAACUUUUUCACGCUAUUUAUCAAUCUUCGCAUACUGUUUUUUGAUGUAAAAUACGGCGUUGUCACUUCAAGAUUAAUUCUGAGUUAUUUUUUAAAAUGUUUGCCUGCAGGUUUUUUGUGGAAAAUGCUGGUUUUCCCGUAAUUUUUUACUUUUUUUUUAUCUAAAAAGCUUAAAUUUACGGUAUAAUUUUUGGUUUAAAAUAAAUUUGAGGGCUCUACAAAUAGUCUCUGAUUUAUAUUUUUUACAGAAUUCACAUAAUUUUUCAUCCAUUUCAGGAUAAAAAAGCAAAAAUUUUCAUAGACUUUUUUGAUUUUUUUCAAAAUUUUCUCCCUAAAAAAUCAAUAAAAAUCACCCCAUAUGGAUCAUCUUAAACGUAAUCCAGCGUGCUUUUGAACGACAGCGUUUUACACUUUGCCCAUCGCCAUUAAUUACGCCAAUUAUCUGCAUCUUGGAUCGGGCCGUAAUAAAAAUAAAUUUUGGCCGCCCGAAGAAACGGGGGAUUUUGAUUUAUAAAAUCCGAACCGGGCGCUCCGAUCGAACGGGACCCGAAAAAACGAACAAAAUUAAUUUUUUAUGUCUAUGUCCUCAGGGCCGGUGCUAAUUAAUUAGACCCGGCUGAUUGGAGAUGAAUUAGGCUUGGGAUCAAGGGAAAACGGGAUUUUUUAUAAAAGUUUGACAUGUUUUCGGGGUGUUUGUAGUUUUUUUAGAAGCACAGUGACUCGGGGGACUAAUGGUGACAGUAUUUUUUGUCAUGUCUUAAUUAGUUUUUGAGUUAAACAAAUUUUUUUAAAUUUUUGAUGAGAAAAAUCGGUUAAACUUCAAAGCCUUGUCGCUACUGAUCGCAAAGGUUUGAAGGCUUGGUUUUCAUUUUAAAAUACGCGCCAUGCAAUUAUGUCUACUAUUUCUAAGCAGCAGAAUUCCAGCUUUUACGAUGAGCCCAAAAAAUUAUAUUAUACUUGACCAUCAAAGAUUCAAAAAUUUUCCACAAAGUUAUAAAAAAUGGGAUUUUUACUAACUAAAGUGGCCAAUACCUUUACAAAUACAUACUCCUUAAAAACUUUACACCCUCUACUACCCAUUUAAUUACUCAUAUUCAUCUGUUUUGAUCUCGAUCGGCUUAGUUUUUUUGAUUUCCUUUUCCCAGGACUCGAUGCGUAAUAAGGCCGUAAUAUUCGAUUCUUUUGCCUCGGUAAAUGUCUCAACUCUCGGUUUAAUCAUUCCUAUGCGAAAGAACCGGUUGCCUACUAUCAAAUUUUCUGUCAUCUUCACCGAUUUUUUAUUGGAAAAAUGAGGUUUUUGUAAGUUUUCGAAAUUAUGUUGAAAGAAUAUUGGCGAGAAUAAACUUUCUCUGUAAAAAACGAAAAACCGGAGCCAAUUAAAUUUUUGUUGUCAUAGCGUUCUGUUUACCUUUGAACCCAAGACAUACUACGACUACUAUUUAUCCACCAGUUUGAUUUACUCGUUUUUCUCGCGUCCUUUGUCUCAAUUAUUUGUCAAUUCGGUUUCGAUUUCCGUCUUUCAUUGGGAAAACGAGUGUUAAUUUACCCUCCGACCUCGAUUAGAUUAGUUUAGAUGGAUUUUUGGAGCUAAGCAACAAGUUGCGAUUUUCAAAAAGUUUUUAUUUUUGCACAGUGCAAUCAAAUUUUAUUUUUUCGACUGCACGGUGCGAAAAACUAUUUUUGCUUUUUUUUCUCAAAAUUUACAGUAGCUUUGAAAAUUAAAAUUAGUAGUAUUAGUAGUGAAAAAUGUAACUAUUUUUAUUGCGAAAUAUUUGUUUCGAAAUUAUACUGAACUUUGCGAUUUUUGCAAAAUUAAAAUUUCCGCACAGUGCAAAAAAAUUUAUUUUUCCGACUGCACCGUGCAAAAUUUUUUUUCCUUAAAAGUUACCGUAGCCCCGGGGCAUAAAAUUUGUGAAAAUUUUUUGAGAAUUCCGCCGAUUUUUCCCUGAAAUUUUAUAAAAAAAAUCGGAUUUUGGCCGGAUUUUUUAAAACUUUUCUCCGUUUUGAUUUCAUAUUCAUUCAGCGUUGUGUUUCUUCUCCGAAUCCAAAUUCCAUCAUUUUUUGUGCACUCGUCUUCGAUCUGUUUUUGUAAUAAAUUAAAAACUGCCUAAUCACAGGCCCCAAAAACAUUCGCCGACUUUGGCCGCAAAGUUGAUUUCUCUUCAUUUUUGGGGAGAUAAUUGGGAAAUAAAUUGUUUGUAAAAUACGUCCGGACAAGGGCUAGGACUAAUUUCAGGCCACAUGUCUUGUUAUUUUACUUUUGAACAUAUAAAUUAAAAAAAAAAAAUUUCGAUUUUUUCAAAAAAAUUGGAUAAAAAUAAAAAAAUAUGCUUAAUUUGAUGGAUUGGGGUAAAAUACGGGGGAGGAUUUUUCGGUUUUCAUCUGAAAUUACGGGAAAAAUGCAGAAAUUUUUAGAAAAAUCCAAAAAAAUCGGAUUUUUUGUGAAUAAAAUGUCAUUGAUAAUUUGUAAAGUUGAUAUCCACAACAUAUCUAAUCAUACCAAUCGAUCCAAAGACGUAUUUUACCUGUUGAAUUUGGCUUUAAAAUUGGUAAAUUCGCAAAAAUCUCAAAUUUUUGACAAAACCUUCAAAUUUUCCUCUGGAAAUCAACAAAAACACCUUCGCAUUUUAGCAAAAUCAUAUUUAAAAUACGCUCCAUAAAAGACUCUUCUGAUUUUCCGUAGUGUUUAUUAAUUUAAUCCCUCCUCAUCUCACCUUUUCCUCCAAAAUUUGACCCCUUCCCGGCCUCUUGCCCUCGGGCCAAUAUUAGGUUUCAGGCCGAGUUGAUGAGAUCAAGGAAAGGCACAGGAAAUUUAAAAUUUAUUUAAAUAGGCCGGCUCCUUAGGUUCGAACCGAAAUCCGAUAUGGGCCGGCCCCUCAGGCCGGAUUAGAAAGAAUUCCACUUUUCAGAGUUUCGGCGAGUUUUUUAAUUUCGCAAAGUCAAUACUUAGGAGGGGCGAGGGGGUCGACUUGUGGGAGAGGAGCUGAGAGAGCUAUAUAUUACUGUAAUUUCGGGAAAAUGGGAAAUAAUUGGGAUCUAAAGAAGGGGGUAAAUUGGCAUGCCAAAAAAAUUAGUAUUUUUUGGAAAAUUACAGUAAUUACUGAGCAAAAAGGUAUUCAAAAAAAUUCCUUGAGCUAUGAGGGAUGAUUUGAGACCAUUUUAGCCGCAUUUUACUCUAUUUUUUACUUUUUUACAAACCUUUUUUUCUUGUAAGUAGUCCACUAUUUCUAUAGCCAAAAUAGUAAAGCGAUACUGUAAAAGGGAUAUAAAAAUUGUUGUAAAUGAAUUUAGAGGCUUCUAAUUGUAUUUUAGAACCUAUUCCGAGCGAUUUCUCAAGUUAUCAGGUUUUCGUGGCGGGACCCAAAAAAUUAAUUUUUUGUCGGAAUUGACAAAAAAAAUCUUGCAAAUAGUUCACAACUGGUCGAAAUAAAUGCUUUUAGGCUACAACAAUUUUUUGCAAAUCUUAAAAUACACCUAAAUUUCAGCUUUUUUACAAAACUUUUCCAAAAGUCGCGACCAAAAUUUUUGGCUCGACAAAUGGGCGGAAAAUUUGUUUUCCGGCAACGGAAUUUCGAAAAACAUUCGGAGUGUAACUCAACCCGUGCGGGGGGAAAUUAAACGGAAACCCACUCCAUUAGAGGCGGAUGAAUUUACCAAUGAGGGGCGAGGGGGGAAGGGCGGAGGAAAUUACGAUAAAUUCUGGGGAGUAAUUGGUCUGAGCACACUUUUCAGGGGCUGUCUGGAUGCCUGGGGGCAUAAAUUCGAGGAACCAUGUGGUUUGGGGUGAUUUUUGGGGGUUCAAAAAAUGCGUCAUGAUGACGGAUUUUUUGGAAAUUUGGAAUAUUAUGCAAAUUUUUGGGAUAUGAAUUAAUGAAUGGACAACACGUAUUUUACAAUUAUUUACAAUUUUAUUUCUCAAAAUGCGUCAUGAUGACGUAUUUUUUGGAAAUUUUUGUCAUAAUGGCCACUUUUUCGGAAUUUUGAAAAUUCAGAGCAAAGUACAGGGUGUUUCAAGAAAUUUGGAACAAAUGACUUGCUUAUAUCUUUGUGUUCUUUGAAGCUAUCAACGAAUUUCUUUUUGCUACUAAAAAUUGACAGCGUGCGUUUUUAGAAUCUCAAAAAAAUUUUUUUUUCGUCGGCGGAGGGCCCAUUUCUCGGCGGAGAAAAUUAGGGCCUUUUUUAAAAAUCACAGCGUAUUACAUGGCGGAAACGCCGUUGCAACGGCUGAAAUCAAGUUUACGUAAUACCCCCAUCGAUUUUACGGUAUGCAUUUUUUGCGUUUUCGAUUUUACGCACUUCCGCGGAUGCGCGGCGGAGACCUCAGAUUUCGGCGGACGUCGUUUUGGGCCUUCGGCUUUUGCAAUUCAUGUUGGAAAAGGAGGUUUGGGUGAUUUUUUGUUGUCAUCCCAUGCACAGAUGGCAAAAAUUUCGUGCUUUUUAUCCCCGGCGGAGGAGUCGGCGGAGGCUUUAUCAAAGGGUAAAAACAAAACUCCGCCGAUUUGUCCGCCGGACCAAAAAAAACCAAAAAUCUUUGAAAGACAAUGCUGCUCUGAUGGAUUCUUGUAGCUGAGAUUUUUCCCGGACUCGUAAGACAGCUUUGACCCUUUGAUAAAGCCUCCGCCGAAUCCUCCGCCGGGGAAAAAAAGCACGAAAUUUUUGCCUUCUGUGCAUCGGAUGACAACAAAAAAUCACCCCAACCUCUUUUCCAACAUGAAUUGCAACAGCCGAAGGCCCAAAAUAACGUCCGCCGAAAUCUGAAGUCUCCGCCGCGCCUCCGCGGUGCGCGUAAAAUCAAAAACAAAAAAAUGCAUACCGUAAAAUCGACGGAGGUAUUACGUAAACUUGAUUUCAGCCGUUGCAACGGCGUUUCCGCCAUAUAAUACGCUGUGAUUUUUAAAAAAGGCCCUAAUUUUCUCCGCCGAGAAAUGGGCCCUCCGCCGACGAAAAAAAAAUUUUUUUGAGAUUCUAAAAACGCACGCUGUCAAUUUUUAGUAGCAAAAAGAAAUUCGUUGAUAGCUUCAAAGAACACAAAGAUAUAAGCAAGUCAUUUGUUCCAAAUUUCUUGAAACACCCUGUAUAGAAUCCGUAUUUUACCAUCCACAUUUUCAGCAACCCUCGAGCAGCUGCAGUCCCACGAAAAGGCCGGCGAUCACUCCAGUCCCUCCGAUCCCCGGCCAUGCCCUUUGUGCACCCGUAAGCCGAACACCCCGCUGAAAUCCCACCUCCUCGACGCUCACAACAUUGCUGACGAAGUGGCCGAAGAGCUGAUGGCUUCGAUUCCCAUCUCUGCCUCUGGGUAAGUUUGGAAUCUCAGUGUUUUUUAAUGAAUGUUAUACUUUUAAAAGUCCCAGAGCCUCAGAGCGUAUUUUACCAUGACAUUUUGAAAGAUGCAAACUUGAUUUUUUACUGACUUUGCUCUAAAUUCGUGGCGUUUUCAAUUUUUAUCUGUUUUUUCCUAAAAUUCUGUCAUUGCAAGUUUUCGUGGUGGGACCCAAAAUUUUUUAAAUCUCUUGCUUAGAGCCUCAAAAGAAUUUAAAUUAUCGAAAUUCAGAGUUAUGCUGCUAUUUCAUCGAUUUUGCUUCCAUUAUGAAAAAAAAUCCAUCAUGAUGACAUAUUUUUUGGAAAUUUCAAAAUUCCCUCAAAAUCAAAAAAACAUCUAAAUUACUGUAUUUCAAGCCCUCACAACCCGAUUUGACAUUUCAAUUGUCCCGGCUUUCGUGCCCGACCCAAGCCGCUUAAUCGAAUGACUCCACUUAAUUAGCAUUUGAGGCCCCCAUUGACACUUUUCCAUUUCUUUUCUCUUUCAUUGCGCACCGACUGAUUUGAAUAAUUUGAAUAAUACAGUGCUUUGGCGCUAAAUGACUCCUCGCGGUUUGGCGGGGGUAUGACGGCCUCCAACUUGGGAGCCGUCUGUUCUGGCAAGGGGGGACCAGAUGGCUGGGGAAUUGGGGGGAAAUAGAGGAUUUUUAGGGUGAUUUACAAGUUAUUUUGGACUCAGUAUGAGUUUUCAAGCGAUUGUACACCGAUUUUGAGCGAUUUUACAAAAUUCCAAAAAAUAUGUCAUAAUGACAUAUUUUUUAGAAAAUGUGUCAUCGGGGCUAAUUUUUGGAUAAUUUUGAUAUUUAAAGGUUUUUUGACACUAUUGUAAUACUUUUUUUGCAUUUUCGGUUACUUUAAAAAGCUGUCAUCAUGACGGAUUUUCUGGAAAUUUUUAAAAAGUCCAAAAUGUUGACGCAUAUUCUGAUAUAUGUAUACAAAGACAGGAAAAGGAACAAUAAUCGUAUUUUAAAAAAAACAUGUCACGAUGACGUAUUUUUCAAAAAUUUUACUUUAACUUUGCAGCAAAGAGAUCGUCGGCCUGUACCGUCAUCGCUGUGCCCAUUGUCCUUUGGUCUUCAAGCACGGGGAACAGCUCAAGUCCCACGAACUGACCCACUCUUUCCGUGUGAAUCACAAGUGCCCCAACUGCACCAGAACCUUCUCCUCGGUGUUGCUCCUUCUUCAGCAUCAACAAGAUGAGCACUCCGAACUGAAAUGUGAACUGUGCUCUGCAACUUUUGGGGACAAACAAGGUCUGGAUAGUCAUUUGGGAAGUGUGGAGCACUUGAAUCGAACCAAGCAAUUCUUGGAGGAUCAGCCGAACAAGCUGCAGCUGAAUGAAAAGGUGGGUUGUAGGAGUAGUUUGGAGACAUAGUGAUGGCUGCGAUGUCUAUAAGCAAUAUAAGCAAACUUAGUAUCUGAGUAGCCUCUCCAUUAGCAUUUACUUUUAUGUAACCGUUAUCUGGACCAAGCGUAUUUUACCUUGCUUUUUUUGUUCAAAACUUUUUGACUGAUCUCUAAACUUUCUUUUCAGUGCCGCAACUUUUACAUUAUCGCUAAUGCCCUAGAAUCUUGUGUGGGUAAACUAUAGAGCAUCAUUUCAAUAACGUAAAAAGAUUUUUCUAAAAACUCCCUUAAGGCAUCGGUGACAUGACUUUUUUGCAUCUUGUCUCGAUAAAUCUGAUGGUUCCGUUUUGGACAGCUAUAACUUGUGUUUAUAUAAGCAAGAAUAGUUUGAAAAUCGCUUAAUAUACUCCGUGCUUUGUCCUCUCGACAUGCUAAAAAAAUAAUUUUUGUGUUAAGCCUUCAGGGCAGUAACCACGCUACUUUUUUCAUUUUGUGUUCAAAUUUUUGCGACCAAAAUUCUUGUUAAAACUUUCAGAAAAAAGUGGCUAGCAGUGUACCAUUUUGUACACAACAUUUCUAUACUAUCUUCUUGCUUUUCCAAAAAUUUAUUUUUAAGUUGCCCUUAGGACAUACACAUACACCAAUUUUUUAAAUGGAUUAGGUAACCAAAUCGUAUUUUACAAAGCAUUUCUAGGUGAUGCAGCUUCUCCAACGCUCCUCGGAAGACCGAGAAUCGCCUUCCGACAAGCCCAAACCUUACAAAUGCAAUGUCUGUAAACUGAAUUACUCUCAAGGCUCCACUUUGGACAUUCAUCUUCGUUCGGUGGGGCAUCAGAACCGGAUGAAUCGAUUGAAUGAGCUGGUCAAGUGUGGAGAGAUCGACGCGAGUAAGCCUGUCUCCGAACAGCCCGGAGGCAUUCCACAGAAGCCAAUUGGGGAUCUGGUCGAUAAUGAAAAGGUUGGUUUGAAAACGAGAUUUUUUAUUUUUGAAGUGUUGGCUAUGAUUUUUACGGGAAAUUAGUUGUUAAAAAAUUAGUCAGGUAGCUUUGAAAAGGCGUUUCAGCCUUAGAAAGAGUAGAUUUUUGGGUAUGGCAAGAGGUGACUAGAAUUUUUUUUGUCAUAAAACAUGACAAAUGCCAUAUAAUGAUCUAAAUUUGUCCUCAUAUUACUUUUUAAGCAAUUUUAAUUACCAUAAAUUUUUUGUUACACACUUUUUUCUUUCAAAUUCCCAAAAAAAUCCCAAUUUUACGUCCCUUUUUGCCGACUCUUCUGAUUACUCAAUUUAAAACUGAAGACGCGCCGCCGUUCCCUCCACUUUUCCUUCACCCAUAAUAUGGUUGAUUCACUGAGUUUUGUUGUUUUUUAUUACUUUUUGAUCCCCCAUUACAGUAGCGCCGCGAAGGCAUUGGAUGGCAUUUGAAGGGAGGGCGAAAAAAUUACUUUUUCUCGGUCUUUUGCUCAAAUCAAUCGCCCAAGAUUAAUUUCAGUUUAAUAUUUGUUUUGUAUGGGGCUUGAAAAAGCAAGAUCUUUUUUGGGAAAUAGGAUUUUUUGAGGUCUUUUGGGGGUUUGAAGUUGGUUUAGGUUAAAUGAAGGUGGUCGAGAAGAAUGGCGAAUAUUUAGAACAGUAGGCUUGGUAUUUUUAGGCCGUCUUGUGGGUUUGAUAGCUGAGGCAAUGAAGAAUAUUAGUUGUUAAUUUCAUAUUGAUAUCUCUUUUAGCUUAAGCAGUGCGGUGGAAAUAAUUUAGAGGAUCAAAUUUCGAAAACAAACUUUUUUUCUGAUUUUUGUUCCGUUUUUUGCUUUGUGAUGUCAAAAAAGGCUUGUAUGAUAAAUUUACUUUCUCCUAUUACUCCACAAAGACCCUUGCCUCACCUAAUUUAACAUUUCAAGUGGUUUUGUAAGCUCAAUUUCGAAAUCCCGGUACAUUAUACUAGCCUCUUCAAACCCGCAUAAUGAACUUUGGCGAUAAUGCUUCAUAAUAGGACCCUCCAUAAUUCCUCAGCGCCUUAUAAUGAAUGGAAUGAGAAAUUAUUGAAAGCGGUGAUCAUUUGGCUGAUUACUAAUUGAAUGGAAAUUCAAUUAAUACGCCUCGGGGCUAAAACGAGGGAAACUCCGGAGUUAUUCGCGAAAAAUUUUGUAAUCACUAUGGAUGGCAGGAAGAGAAAAGUGAGUUGGGCUGCUGAGGUAAAUUCCAGACUUGUUUUGGGCGUUGACUUUGGGCUCACAGUUCAAAAAAAUCAAAAAUUUCGGACUGCACUGUGCGAAAAGAAAAAUCAAUUUUUGUAAAUGGGAUGAAAUGGUAAAAUACGACAUGGGUGGUUCAGGUAGGUACAAAUUCUUGGGUCUUACAAGAAAUUUAUCGCAACCGGUAUGUUCCGCAAAGCGCAAAAUCUAAAAUUUUGGCUUGCACUGUGCGGUUUAAAGAAUUUUCGUUUUUGCACUGUGCAGUUGCAAUAAAUUGGUGAUACAUGGUAAAUGCAGGCUACUGAACUUUUUUAUCGAUUUUCGAAUCAUUUUUCUUUAGCAUCUUCCUUUUGCACAGCGCAAUUGUCAAAAAACUUCUUCGCACUGUGCGCCCGAAAAACCUUGCUUAUUGCACAGUGCAGGGUUCAAAUUCAAAAUUCAUGUACCGUGCAAAAGCGUCGCCAACAAAUGUCCUUGACGACCGUCUUCAAAUUUCAUUGAUCUCGUCGCUCCGCACCGUGCGAUCAAACCUUGUUGAUCCCUGCACGGUGCGCUGAACCCAUUUUUCAUAAUUCCCCCCUUUUCUCCGUCGGUUUCACAAGUUACGGGGGGCUUAAUAUAAUAACAUUAAUAGUCAAUCAAAAGAGUGUAUUCAGGCGAUCGACGCUUGCAUUCAAUAUAAUAAGACCUUGAAAAUAAUCUCCUUUUUUGUCAGCAGAACUGCAGGGGAUUCGAAACAAAAAUCGAAGCGUUUUGUCGCCUACGGUAAUUUGCGAAAAUGAAAAUAUAUUAGGCAUGGGGUGGGGCUGGGGGUUUGAGGUAGAUCGGCGAUGACAGGCGCCGGGAAAUCAGGGAGGGGUUUGAAGAUUCCGAGUUGAGAGGAGUAAUUGAUGGAUAAUGUGGAAGAAUUGGGUGCUGGAGGUGAGACUGAUGGUUAAGGUUAUGGUGAAUGAGGUAUAUAGGGAAGAUAGGACUUCAAGCAUUCUUAUUUUAGUACAUUCAUAUAUAAAAAAUACUAUGUAUAUGACGGUACAAAUUUUUUAUUAUUUCUUGCUUUAGCAGAAAAUAAAGAUAUUUUCAUGGUGUACUAUGAAUUCAGAAGGCAUUUUUGAUACUCUAGCUAGCGAUCUGACCCUAUAUUAGGCAUUUUUUGUAUAAAUUUUUACUCUUUUUGUCUAGUGUAAGAUCUUGAUGAUUUUGCUACGAAAUGUUGUGUAAAAUACGUCAAUAACGCUUUCUUACUGUCGCAUUUGAAAUAUGAUUCAACUCUUAUUUCAUACAGUAAUCAUCAUUAUCACUCUAAAUUUUCCUUAAUUUGGCAGUCUCCCUAACUUUCCUCCUCUCAUUUUGCAUUUUCUUUUCUCUCUCCCGUCUCUCAUCGCGCCCUCACUCUCUCCGCUGUUUACACUUGCCCAGAUCCUCAUUGAUUUCCCCCUCCGCCCCAAAUGUCUCCGUUUUCCCGCACCGCAAAUUACCAUGCGAUCUGUUGCGGCCAAGGACAAGUGAUGAUUAGGCUAAUUCCGCCGCUCCGCCCACCAUUAUGUUGCACGGCCUUUGAGAUGAUCCACUUUAUUAGUAUUCGAUUAGGCGGCAAAAUUGAUGGGUAUGGGCGUUAAUUUGGGGUGAGGAGUGGGAAGAUGACUGGUUACGGUAAUGAGAGAAUUUUUAAGGGGAAGAUAGGCAUAGAGCAGAGGAAAACGUUUAUGUAGCGUAGUCCUAGUAAAUUAAAUGCUGAUGUCUUUAGAACUACCAGUAUUAGCUUAAACUACUACUGAAGAGAGUUUUUUACAAUGUUUUUACGUUUUCCUUUAAAUAAAUCCGGUUUAAAAAACUUGAUAUAGCUCAUUGGUUUUGUGAUGGAGAAAAAAGAUUUCCCUGGCAUAAAUAGUCAGAUUAAAAGGCUCUUGAAUUGCCUAAAGGGAUCUUAGAUAUCGUUUAUAUUUCUUGGCAAAUUUUCAAUUCUUUUGGAUCUACUCAUGAGCUAAAAUAAAGCCGGACCUGUUGGCAAGACUUGGUCCAGCUGGUCCUGUUUUGACAUACCGUUGAUAAAGCAACCCUCAACGCAAAAUAGAUCCCCUAAGCUAGCUGCAAGCUCAUUAACCCCCAACUUGUCGCGCUUUCGGCUCGGUUGCGGCCCCUCAAAGUUCGCUCCGUUUUUCACACUCAUUUCCCGAACUUAAUUUGUAAAUAAUAUCGAGUGCGAUUGAGAAGGGAUGGAAUGAGAAUGGGGGGCUCGUGUCGGUUUAAUCGAGGCGACCGAAAUGAGUUUGAAGUAGUAGUAAAUAGUGUGAAGGGUGGCGGAGUGCGGACGUUUAAUCGGGUUCCGAUUGGCGCACGCCAAAUCACUCAACACAACACAGAUUGAAUGAGUGAAGAACAAGAGCCGGACAUUUAUAUUAUAAAGGGAAACGCGAGACGGACGAGGAGAGACUAUUCAAAUACCCAUUUAGUCGACAAUAUUUAUCUUCCCAAGUUCUUGCGGUUUUUUCGCGGCAUAGUGGGUUCGUUGAUGGAAGGGUCAAGCAGAACUCGAAUUUCGCAGUUGUUUCGGCAUUAGCAUGGGACAAAAUUAAUCACAGAGAAUGCCAGGGUCAUACUAAAGGCCCUCAAGUUUAUCAUGUGUCCAAAAAUUUGAUUUUUUGCUUAAUAAAAGCCAAUUAUAUUAUCCAUGGACAUUUUGGACUAUUGGCCAAAACUAUGUCAUAAAUUAGUUUAUAAUUUUGCCAUAAUGCUAUUUUUAGACAUUUUUUGAUACAAAGGACACACGCAUCACUUUUUGAAAAUUUCAGGACUUCAGCUAUGCCCUCAGGGCUUUUCUGGCAUAUUGAAAAUUUCGUCCAAUUUUUUUUAUAUUCUUAACCAAGGGGUAAAAAACCAAGCAAAUUAUGCUGAAAAUUAAUAUACAGGGUGUACCAAAAAAAUGGAAACUUGUUUUUAUAGCUAUAUUUUUUCGGAGAAUCAAAAUUCAGCAAAAGUAACGGUUAUUAUUGGUAACAUAGAGCAUUGUUUAUAACAUGUUCAACCUGUUUCACAGUGGCUGCCUUUGGUGGCGAUAUAGAGCUCCAAACGUGACGUAAAAUUUUGGGCUCCGGGCCGCAGCUUUUUAAGGGGGAAAUCGGCCCCGUUCUUGGCGCAGCAUUUACUUUGCGACCCCAAACUUUUGUGGAGAGUAGUACAGGUGCUGGCCUUCUACUUAAAAAAAAAUAUAGUCCAUUGGAUUCAGAUCCGGCGAGCAGGCGGCCAUUUCGCAGACGGGUUAAAAUCGGGAAAAUCGGUCCCAUUUCGGGUCCUGAGUCGAUUUUGCCCUGUGAGCCGGCGCUGAGUCCUGUUGGAACGCCAAGUUUGCAUUGCCAAGGUUCUGCUGAGCUGACGGAAGCACGACAAAAUAGAAAUUAACGCGGCGCUAGUGUUUUGCCCCAUUGAUUCACGAAAAACAUGGAUUUCUUGCCGCUGGCACAAAUUCCGCCUUAAGCAAUGACGGCCCGGAAUUUGGCGGUAUUCGACGAUGGCCAACAGGCUAGGAGCUUCAUUGAAGCAGAUUCUAUCGUUCUGGUGGUUGUGUAUCCGCCAAAUAUUGAACCGCGAACUGAAUGCGCUCACGUCUCGGAGCUGCGGCCCGCCCCUUUGACUUUCCGACAUUUUUGUGCCGUACGCACUUUCUCUCGACUUUAAAGAUCUGAAUUUUUUAGAGCUUGUAUGACAUGAGAUUGAUCUCGUCUUUGGCUAUUCGGCCGACUGAUCGGUCGCUGAUGUCAGUCUCAAGGGAAAGUUUUUCUUGAAAAUCGCGGAUUUUGCUGUUGGGGAUCUUCCGGUUGAAAGAAGCGCUGGCGGUGCGUUUUCUUUCACUUCCUGGGCGCUUACUAUCCGUAUCAAGCUCCUUGCGCCGCGUGAUUACUUUUGACACAACGUUCUUUCUAUACCGAGAAAAUUAACUGUUCGAACAGCUCCAAAAACAAGUCCAAAAUCGAGGUCCCUUCGUUUGAAGUUCAGAAAAACAGGUCGAUUAAUCGAUAUGGGCAUAAAAAUCAAACCACUAGGACAGAAAAACACAGAGAAUUUUGUAGUAAUAAACUUCUUUGGCUACACCUAACCAUUUUCGCGUCAGGACCCAUGAAAAAAAGUUUCCAUUUUUUUGGUACACCCUGUAGAUUGUGGAGAAACCGUAUUUUACCAUCAGCCAUAGAUUGCGUAAUAUUUUAAUAUACAAAUUUUUAUUUUUUCCCCGGUACAAUCCUAAAAUUUUUUUGCAAUUCUGACCACUCCUGCUUGGAAAUCCCACAAUUUCUCACUUGAUUCGCAUUUCCAGCCCUCUCCCUGUCUAGUGUUUGCCUUUUUUAUAAUUCAUUUAGACAAUAUAAUAAUAAUGGCUGACUGAGCGAAAACGGGCGAGUGGGAAGGGAAAUAAUACCGCGUCAUGAAACGCGGUUAUUUCAUUAAUCCACCUGACUCAUAGCACCUCCAAACGACCCGCAAUUCGGUCCAUCUUGGCCAUUCCUUCGAAUUUCGUGCCCAGAGAAAGAGUCGACACAUUGUGUCAACUCUUCUUCUUGGCCGAUUUGAAGGCCAACGCUGUGGGAUAGAGUGUUUUAGAGGGCUUAGAUUUGAUGAGCAUAUAAAAUGGCGGCGGGGUCAUUAAAAUCCCGAGUGGACCCUAUCAUUUACCUUCACCACCAGCCAAUUGAAUUACGAAAAAAACAACCCGCCUUUCUUUUCGGCGCUGUAAUUGGCGGGUUAUCUUUGACGAGCCCGAAUGAGGUGUGCAGCCGGUUCCGGGGCUCAGUUUGUCGGGUAUAAAUAUUGGCUAUAUUUUUGGGGUUUUUUGAAAAUGAGUCAAGUGUUUCUGUGAACGUAAUGACAAAAAAAUUAUGUAGACUUGUCGGCAGCGUAUUUUACACAACGUUUUUUCCUUUUUUUUGCCAUUUCCGGUCGAAAUUCGUAAUUUGAGUCAAGUUUUCCCCUUUUGGGUCAAGUCUUUCUAUUGUCGAAUUUCCAUAUUUUUUUAUUUCCAAUUUUUUUUCGAUUAUUGCAGCUUUUUCGGACCACAGUUUUAUCAGUAAUAACCUUAUUACUUCGUUUCUACCCGAAAAAUUGACCUUUUAUAUUACCCUUCCCAGGUGGCUGUUUGCCUUCCACAAUUCCGGGUUGAUUGGCUCGAAUUGCCCUCAUUUGUCAGCGCGGCAUGAUAUCGGAUAUUGCGAUCCGGUCAGCGCAGCUGAUAGUUUAUAUUUGCGCGCUUGGGGAGUGGAUUAAAUCGGUGUUCGGCGGGGAUUUGAUUUCAGCUCCGAUUUUUGACGAGCUUCUGACGUUUUCGGCCCAAUUACUGUAAUGUUCGCAACUUCCUUGGGGCCAAAUUGGUUUUUCCAUAAAGUCAGAGUCCUAUUCUUUGAUUCGACGUCAAAUUUCGCCCAGAAUUGUGUGGUUUUUAUAUUGAUUUAGGCGAUUUUCCUCAAAAAAAUUCCCUCAUUUUUCAUAUUUUUUGUAAAAUGCCAAAAAUUAUGCAAAUGAGCGCAAAUAUGAUUAAGAUGGGAAGAGGACAAGGUGUGGCGACGCAAAUGGGAUCGUGGGAGGUCGCGCGAACAAAACCUCCGCGCCGCCACAAAGGCCGAGGAUUGAUUUUUCAUUAGAAAUUCCAUAAUUUUUCGAUUAUUUUUAUUACGACCAAUUUGCAUUACGGUAAUCACGAUGCCACAUGGGUGGCAUACGCAGGUGUGGAGUCGGUUUCGAAUGAUAAUUUUCGCGUUCUGAUCGGUUGGGAAAAUUAUAUUAUCCAUGAGGAAGAUGGGUGAUUUUGGUGGAUAAAAGGGUUGAUAAUUGUUAGAAAAGGCUUUUGUAUUUCGAAAUACGACCUUUGAGAUCUAUUUUAUAGCUUUUGGUUUACAUUUCUUAUCUUUUUAGUUGUUAUACUACACUUGGUACCUAGUACAAUAUCAGCCGAAAGUAGGUGAAAAAUCGGAUUUGGUGCAGAAUUUUUUCGUUAAUUACAGUCUAUAGGAUGCCUUGGUGCUAUUAGGAACAAUUUUCUUCCAUUUUUUAAAAGAUUUUUGCCAUUAUAUUACACUUCACAUCAAGUGUAAUAUCAGCCGAAAUUUCAUGAAAACUCAAUUUGUUUCCCGCAAUUUUUGAUCAAAGCGGUCGAUAAUAUCACAGAGAUGUAGCUAAUACCAUGAGCUUGUCAACGCCUUUGUUUUCCCUCCCGAUAUUACACUUGACAUCGAACGGUCUUAAUGUCCGCGGAAGAGAGCCGCGAUUGUCAAGAAGCGGCGCCCUCAGCCGGCUUAGAGUCGGCUGCGGGGAUCAUGCGACAAAUAAAUAGAUUUCUGAGUUAGGGGUUGGAAUAAAUAGUAGUGGUGGCGGCGCUGCUCUCGCCUCUCAAUGAAUCGAAAUUAGGGCUCAUUACGAGACGACUUUAAUUGGGAAUUCAUGGCUCGGAGGUCGAUUCGAUCGCUUUCUCUUUUGCUGCAGGGGUAAGGGUGGGGUCCGAGGGCUGGGGUGAGCGUCAAGCGGAGGGGUUGGGGUGAAGUCAGGGAGGGGUGAAGGACGAUGUUUUUUGUGGUCGUUUAUUCGGAAACGAUUCAUUUGUUUGAUUGGGGAUUUGUGGUCAUUGCCUGCGGGCAAAGUGUGCGCCGCGGCUUUUAUGGGGCUUGAUUUGACGCGGCUCAUGAUUUUCUGAGGAUUUUGUUGACAUUGACGUCAUGCUGACGCAUUUCCCGGACCAAAUUAGAACUUCGUGGGUUGUGAGCGGGUUUUGGCUGAAAAUCGUAUUUUAGAAAAUAUUUUUUGGGAAAUUAAGAUUAGUAAACAGUUUAGAAGAUAGUGGGAUACUGUAAGAAACUUUCGCUAUGUCGUAUUUUACCGAAUUUUAGUUGAAAUCAUCGAGUUUUGCACGAAAGACACAAUUUUUUGCUUCAUAAUUGAUUUUUUAAUGGCUUGUUUAGUUAAUUAAGCCUAAAUUCUUUCCAAAUUUUCCUAUUAUGGCUUCCAAAUCCUCUAGCCUUCCUCCAAAUCCCCGAACUUGCUCAUUUGCCUCCCCCAAAAAUCAUCACCAUCCUCAUUUAGCCCGCUCUUUCCGAAGCCAGUGCACCGUGGCAAAGGCCGCUUUAAUUGUCGCCCGCCGGUGUUAUUAUGAGCAACACAACACUCUUGUUUCUGAACAAUCAUCAUUUCGUUACUCUUUACAGGGGUAUUAUAAUUGUAUUUGGGAGUUUCGGCGGGCGAAAAAUUAACCAAUUAUGAAAGAGGGGGGCAAAUCGACCAUUUGACGUGAUUUCUGUCGGGAUCAAAAGUUGGAAUUGCCUUAAUAGGUACAAGAGCGUGUUUUAGCAUCUAUUUGUCUUUUUGAUUUUGUAAAAUACGCUGAAGAAUUCCUUCUUUUAAAAAAAUGUCCGAUUUUUAGCUUUAUUUCCUAUUUUUGGUCUCACAGCGAAAACCUGAGAAAUAUUUGAUUUUGUUUUACUUGCACACAUCCUUCUAUGACCUUAUCCAUUAUUUAAGAUCAAUUUGCGCUUCGAGAAUUAUGCAAAUUUGCGAUUUCCAAACCCUUCUUUACGACCCGCCCUCUGAUUCAUUUCCCUCGCUGAUUUGGUAAUCAAAAUCCGAUUAGAAUUAGUGAAUAUCGACUCUAUUCGAUCUGACAGGACCGCAUGAUAUUUUCUAUAAUCAUUUUUGAUUAGUAACCAGUAAUCUGCUCACUGCAAAACACAUUUCCCUCCAAACUGUGAUGAUUUUUCUGGUUUUUUUCUCUAAAUCUCUCAAAUUCCCUUGCCCACUCGCUUGCUAUAGCCUUCAAAAGUGUUGAGAAGAAGGUGUACCAUCUCCAGCGUAAUUGAAUUACAAUAUUUCGCGGCUUUCCUCCCGCCAAACUCUGAUAAUUUCGGCGCUUGGUCCAAUUAGCGGCGCUCGACCUUCGCAGCCCCCUAAUUUCGGGUUGGGGGGACCUCGAAUUCGCACAAAAAUUCGACUCUCAUUAUCGUCUCGCCUCCUCACUGCAAUUUAAUUGCUGCCGGCCCAGAAGCCCCGGGUUUUACUGCGAUUUUUUGUGGGUUUUUUGGGGAGGAAAGGUAAUCGCCAUCAAGAGGUUUCAAAUUUGUGCUUUUUUGGGCGAAGGUACCCUUUUUUGUUGGGGCGUUGGCUAGGUAAUGGGCAAAGAAUUACAAGAUGUAAAGUGUGUGGUAGUCGCAAUUGCUUGAUUUUGAUUUUUGGAAGAAUUUGAUGGGUUUGAAAUUUUGGGAAAAAUGUAAAUUUCGGGGGUUUUUUGAAGGAAAAAAGUAUGUUAUAAGGUAAAAUACGAAGGGACAGCAUCUGAUCUAGACUUCAGUAUAAGAUAUGGUUUUUAUUUACCGUAUUUAUCCAAGAUUUUGCAGGGUUUUCGCAUAACUUGAGUUUUUUUUUGAGAUUUAAAAAAAUUUUUGUUUUUAAAAGGUGAAAUACGGACGUUAUUUUUUGAAAAGUGGGCUUUGUUUGGUAAAAUACGUCCCGCCAAGCUACGAGUUGUUGAUUUUAAGUCCUUACUUUACCGUUUUGGUCAAAAAAUAAGCUGAUUUUAGCAAAAAAAAUUUACUUUUGUAAAAUACGCUAUAUAAUAGGAUGAUUUGAUAUAGUAUGCAACUUCUUACAGUUCCCUCUUCCUUUCUACCUCAUUAUACCCACUUGCUUUCCUCGAAACUACUCAUUUUUCAUCUCAAUUUCCCCUUGUAAACCCGCCAUUACUUUACUUACUUGGACUCUUACAAUUCCCCCAAUCAUUUGUCGUUUCGUUCUCGCAUCAAAAGGUGGUCGGAAUGGAAUGAUUUGACAAUUAUAUUAAUAUGUUCAGGAGGUGCUGCUCGCCUCUCUUGUUGCGUUAAUUAUCUCCACCCAAAAGUCGUAAUUAAAAUUGUAUUGUGGAAUGGAGGGGGGAAAGAGUUAAUAUUUUCCGACGUGGUAAUUUAUUGUCGAGGUAAUGGGGGACUCGGGCGACGGAGGACAUGAACGUUUAAAAAAGUUUUAACCCCACUUCUCCGAAAAUCGCGCGAUUUUUUGAGAUUUUUGCGAUUUUUUGGUAAAAACUGAAAUUUUUUAUAGCUAAAUUGGAUUGCAGAGGGAUUUUUACAGUACUGUCUACAAUUUGAAAGGCUUUAAAUUGCUUUUUAAAAUCGAUUUUUUUGUUUUUAUUGACUUUUUAGGGAUUUUUUGGCCAAAAAUUGUUUAUAACUACUGUAAUCGGGACUAAAUUGUAUCAAAAUCAAACUGAUACAGUAGUAUCAAUAAUUCCAAAGGGUUAAAAUAACUUUUUGAAACAUUUAUUUGACGAAUUUCAUCGAUUUUUCGCAAUUUUCCCCAAAAAAACUUUGAUAAAUAUUCAAUUUUUUCGGCCUAACAUUUAGUCAUCACAAAAAAUAUGGCGCUGUAAAACACGUUAACCCCCUGAAUAAGGAGUCCAAACUUCUGCAACGGCCCUCAAAUCCCCGGGCCGUCGCGCUUUGGCCGCUUUAAUUUGGCCAUUUGUUAAGCGAACUGAGCCCCUCAAUCAAUUCCCCCUCCCUAAUUCCCCAUUUACAUUCGCAUAUGGCGUUGGUUGGUGGCGGGAAUAAUAAUGUCGCAAUGGGACGGGGAGGAGGAGGCGCCCGCGGAAUCAGAAGUCGCCUCAUUCCCGGAGGCAUUAAAUUUGGUUAUUUGCCGCGCCAAAAAAAAAUGAAUUUAUGAACGAGGAAUGGCUGGAGGAGAUGCGGGCCGAUAAAAACCAAUUUAUAAAUUUGUGUGCAAAGUUUUUGGGGCCAAGAGGGCCUGUCAAAAUAAUUCCGCGCCAUUAGAUGCGCCGCAGGGCUUUCGUAUCGUAGGCCGGAGGAAAUUAGACGAGAUUUUUUGGGAUUUUUCGAAACUUUUGGCCUUAUAACGAAUGUUUGGGAUACUGACGGGGCAAAUUUUUUCUAUUGGUUCGAAGCCGUCAAAUAUUUUAAAUUAUGGGGUUUUACGCAACUUUUUUUUUUAAUUUUGGGUCCCGCCACGAAAACCGGGGAGAAUUUUAAUUUGCAUAAAAUGCGAAAUAGAAAUAGUCUUAUUGUAAAAUACGUUGUAUAGAGUUCUGGGAAGAGCUUAUUUCAAGCUGAAGAGUUGCGUUUUUGGGUCCCACCACGAAAACCUCUAAGUCUCUGGGAACCCCACCAAAUGCUCUCCCAGCCCAUCACAGCCCCAACUUAUUAUGUAAUACGCAUAAAAUGGGAUGAAAUAUUACAAAUUUCGAGAGUAGUCCCCCCUCUUCGCUUCUCCAUGAUUGGUGGCGGGGAUUAGAGGGCACGGGGCUCGUUUUUUCAGGCUGAUUAGUUUUUGAUUCAUUUUCAUUUUCCGACUCUCGAUGAGACGGGAGAGGGCUGUGGGGGCAGCCGGUAACGCCAACUUUUUCGCGAGAAUUAAAAAAAAGUAUUGUUAUUAGCGGGGCGGAUAUUACGAUUCCACCGGCGUUUUUGAUGGGUAAUUGGACUUUGUGGCGGCUGUAAUUGGGAGAUGUAGUUGUUUGUGGGUUAUUAUGACGGAUGAAUAUUCGAAUAGGUAUGUAUUUCGAUGGAAGUUGAGGGUUUGGGGCAGUUAUACUUGAUCAGCUGAUGAGAAAGGUUGUGAUAGCCGUCAUAUUAUAGGUUUAUUAGGUUAUAUAUUUAUUAGUUUAAAAGUUCAUGUCAUAUUUAUGCCCCACGUUAUGAAACCACGUCGAUUCUGAGUCAUUGUUGCCACAUUUCGAUCAUUUAUUUUCCUCUUGUCCAUCAGGUGGUCAAGGUGAAUAUAAAUCGAUUUUUUGAGGCAAUUGCCUGACAAUAUUGACGUAAGACGAGAAUAUUAUAAAACUAAAGUCUCAAACUAUCCCAGACAGCAAAUUUUAUAUUCCCUUACCCCACCCAUUCUCCACAGUAAGCCAAACAAAUUAGUGCUCCCCAAAACCUGACGAAAUCCCUUCCCGGUUUCGUUCUUGAUCGUAAAUUCGUGGCGGAAUACAAAUGAUAAUGAUUAAUUUAUGUAUGGGACAAUAAAAAUCAGCGAAGAAAUUAUAGAAAUCCAUAAUUUGUUUUUUGCGCUAUCUUUUGAUUACUUUAUUAGUAAUCAAAAACAUUUCCACAUUCAUAAAUUCGUAUGGUUUGCUUUCCUUUCCGAGGAUUUCGGGGCUAGAAUUGGGCUGAUAGGGGGUGUUGAUGGAAUUUUGAGAGUUUUUGGGCCUGAUAAGGCUGGUUUUUGAUACUGUAACUUAUUUUUUAAUGAGAUUUUUUGGAGAAAAAUAGAAAAAGAACUUUCUCAACGUAUUUUACAUUUUUUCUCUCCAUAAUAUCUUCAUUAGACCCCUAAAAUCUUCUUCUACCAUAUCCAUUUCCUCAUUUUUCUAAUUAUUCCCCCUUCUUUCAUUUUUUGGUUAUCUUUCUCGCCGUAUUUCCCCUUCUCCUUCUCUCAUUUGCCACCCCAAGACAAAGCCCACCCCUUCCACUCGUCUUAAGCGCCUGUGGGCCGCCCAGCCAAUCAAGAGAGGGCUAAUUAAGAUGCUCAUUAGAGAAGAAGGUGGGUGGCGAAAAAUGUUGCGCAAUACGGUAGAGGGCUGCGGGUAAAAUACGAAUUUGAUAUUAUUCAAAAGAUUAGAGGGUGUAGAUCAUGCUGCAGCUGCAAAAUAUAGCAAUAUGUUGAAUACGCGGCCGAACGGGCGAAAAUAAAAAAUUCCAAAAUUUGCCGAAAACUGAAGAAAAAUCCAAAUUUUUUGGAUAUUAGAGCUGUCAAUUACGAUAAAAUGGAAAAAUGAAUAGCCCCCAGACCCUUAUGGCAUCAUAUUUUAACCGAUCGUAAUUCAUUUCCCUCACCUAAUACCUUCAAAUUCCCUCGCAAUUCCCGUAGCCGACUUGAAAGAGAGGACCCGCCCGGGCAAUUGAUUUGAGUGCCUCUUCCUGGAUGAUGAUGGAUAUCGAAUUAGAUCCAUCUCUUCAUGGAAGUUUAAUUUGUUUUCCGGGCUGCGGGAUAGACAAUAAAACCGUGGCAGCGAGAGUCAUUAUUAGUCGUAUAGAUCAGUGCGGAGCUGAGGGAUUGACAAUAAUUUUUAGGUGGUACUUUUAGAGGGAGUUAAUUUUUGAUUUUGGUGUCUAGACCAACAACUUGCUACAACCGUAUUUUACCUAUGACUAAGUUGGGGUCAAGAAAACUUUUUUCUAGAUGUUGCAGAGAUCUCAGCUAUCAGUACUAGUAAUUGGGAGCUUAUACGAUACUGGUCUUAACAUUAAAUUGGGCCUAAUUUCUGACCGACCAUCUGAUGUCAAGUGUAAUAUCCAAAAUUGGUCUGCAACUUUCCUCAAACUUAAUAUUAUCUUUUGCAUGUGCCCUCUCCAGUUCCCACACUCUCUCCUGCACUCCAUAACUAUGCGCUCCACACCAUAUUCCAUCUCCUCAUCCUUUCGCAAGAGUAAUUUGGAAAUCGGAAGAGAGUUUUUUAUCCACGAAAUUUUUGAGGCUGUUUGUUCAAAAGUUAAGGGCUGGAAAUAAAAGGUGAUGAUGGUAAUGGAAGCGGAGAGGCUGGGGGAGAGAGGCGAGGAGGGCUAGCUAUUAUGUUUUAAUGCUUUUGGGUCCUUUUUUGGCUCGUUAAACCCGGGAUCCGCACAAAUACCUUCGGACGCGGCUUUUAUUUACAUUAACCAAUCAUUUUAAGCGGGGGUAUUAGGGGAAGAAAGGGCUGGCGGCUGUGAAGGAUGGGGUGUACUACGCAUUCUCGAGGGAUUCCGGACUCGGGAUGGGUGGAUUAGCGGAUUCAAUGGCUAAUUUGCUUCUUGGGCCAAGUGUUGCACUGCAAUUGCGCUUCAAAUUAGGGUUUUCUACUACGGUUGUUAAAUAUUACAUAAUUUUUUAACGUCAUUGAGGUGAUUGGAUCACAUAGAAUUUUUGAAGCACGACUUUUUUUGUUUUUUGGCCGAAUUUUACAUUUUGGGUCAAGUGUUUCCCUCGCUGUUCAACAUUGAGAAUACAGUAGGAAAGUUGCCAAAAAUUACUCAUAGUCAUCGUUUAUAGGCAGUAUUUCAUUUUUACUCCCUCUUUCCCUUUUGAGACAACUCUUGUCGUCUCUUGGGUCAAGUCUUCACCUCCUCGGCCAAUCCCUCCUAAUCCACCAAAAACCUUGCCUAAGCCCCGAAAUAAAGUGACCAGCACCUUAUUCACCGCCCAGGAAUAACCCCUCCAGCCACCUGACUCAUAAUCUUGAUGAUUUUGCCAGUUCGUGCGCGAGAAACCAAACAAACCCCCUUUUCGGCGCGUGUUUGCUCUUAUCCAUGACCAAACAAGCGAGCGCCUGAUCAGCGCCCCAACACACGCUCGCCUAAUGAGUUUCGCGACCCAUUUCCGCCGACCAAAUUACCGUAAUGCCGUCAUGGACCGGGAUUUUUUAGUUUUUUUUUGGGAAAUUUUAGAGGUUUAAAAAAUUUUUUAAUUUUUGGCAGUGAAGAGACAGCGUAUUUUACUUCAAAUUCUUUUCUCUUCUCGUGGAAAAUUGUUUUUUUUUUUGAUAUUGGAUUACUGUAACAACACUAAUUUUCUUUUUUUCAGGCUGACGCCUCGGACAUGAAUUCCACCGAAAACCCGGUAAAUUUCAUGAAUAUCCUGAACAUGGCACAGUUCAUGCAGCUCGCACAGAACCCCAGCACCUCUGCAACGGACUCCGGGCUCGGUGAGUUGGGAUUUGAAUAUUCAAAUUUUUUUAAAAUUUAAAUUUUUGAAUUUUUUUGGUAAUUUUUACUUUAGAGGCUCUAAAAUUUUCGGAAAAUUGACAUCGGUUCGUAUUUUACCAUAAAAUUUUUGUAAAUUAAGAAAAAAUACAAAAAAUUUUUGAUUUUUGGUCUCACCACGAAAACCAUAUUUUCCAAAAAAUUUCUAAAAUUCAUCAGAAUUUUUUUUCAGACCUCAGUGAGAACAAUGGCAUUGAUCUGAGCUCCAUUUUGAACGGGCAAGACUCCAAAUCCGAGGAGAAACCGAAGCCGCGCAAGCUGGGCCAGGAUUUCCGUCGCUCUCUGGAAGGCUACGGCUUCGAAUUGGUGUCUCAAUUCGUUGACGAUUUGAAGAAGGAGAAGAUCGAUUUCAUCCCCGAUAACGAAAUCUUGGAGUUGCGGCAACAGUUCGACGACAUAAACAAGAAUUCCGUGCCCAUCGACGGGAUCCAACAGUUCGCGGAGAACCUGAAAAAAGCGGUCGAUGAAGUCAGCGACGAUGUUUUGAUCGAAAAUGAGGACGAGGAUGGCCCUCCUGAGCCGAAACGAGCCCGAUCCGACAACUCCAAGGCGUCGGGACAAAAAUUGCCUGAGGCGAAAUCCGAAUUCAAGACCGAGUUGAUGUCGCAAAUGAUGAAUUUGCCGUUCAUGAACAACAAUCCGUUCGUCAACAUGUCGCCGGACAUGUUUCAGGCCGCUUUCGCUUCGAUGUUGGGUACGCAGGCUGCGCCCGACAGUCCGAGUCCGAACUCGGCCAGCCAAAAACGGGCGAGAACCCGGAUCACGGACGAUCAGCUGAAGAUCCUCCGGCAAUAUUUCGACAUCAACAACAGCCCCACGGAACUCCAAAUCAAGGAAAUGAGCAACAAGACGGGGCUGCCGGAGAAGGUGAUCAAACACUGGUUCCGGAACACUCUGUUCAAGGAAAGACAGCGCGACAAGAACUCCCCCUACAACUUCAAUGUCCAACCCAUGAUGCGCAUCGACUUGGACACGUACGAGAAAACCGGUGAGGCCAAAAUUAUCAAUCUAAAAGAUGAGGAGGACCAAAAACCCGACGAAAAAUCAGACUCAGGCUCCAAAACCCCCGAAGAACAGACCAAUCUGGCACAGGAUGUCCUCGCCAAUCUUACACAAGCCGCUGCCGCCUUCAAUCAGAUCCCCAAUUAUGCUGCAUUAGCUGGGCAGAACCCCUUUGCCAGCUUCUUGGAGCAGGAAUCCAGCCAGAUGAACCAAAACCCGUUGGCUCAGCUGAUGAACGGCUUCAAUUCCGUCAUCCCCAUGGUCUCGCAGCAAUCGAAAUCAAGUGGAAAUUCGACUGGAAGAAGGGCGAAUCGAACAAGAUUCACCGAUUUCCAGCUGCGGACUCUUCAGGAGUUCUUUGAUCGACAGGCCUACCCAAAAGACGAUGAUCUGGAAAUGCUGAGCAAGAAGUUGAGCCUGAGCCCGAGGGUAAUUGUGGUCUGGUUCCAGAAUGCCCGGCAGAAGGUGAGUACAAAAGUUUUGGUGGGCAAAUUGGGAUUUUUGGCCAGACUGGGAAUUUUGGGCAAAUUGAAAUUUUUGGAUAAAAUACCGAUUUUUUGGGUAACUGCAGGUCUUUCUAAUGGAUUUUGGACAAAGUUUGGAUUUUUGGGCAGAUUGGGAAUUUUCGGCAAGUUAGGAUUUUUGGAAAAAAUAUCGAUUUUUUGCGACUAUUGAGGCAACUACAGGCUUUUAUAAUGGAUUUUGGGCAUAUUGAUGAUCUUGUGCAGAUUGGGAAUUUGGGCAAAUUGAAGCUUUUUUGGGAAAUUUUUAAUUUUCCGAUGUUUUAAAUAAUGUAAAAUACGGUCUACCAUUCCGAAGCUUCAUUUUCCAAGUUUCAGGCGCGAAAAAUCUACGAAAACCAGCCGAAUCAGGACAAUACGGACCGUUUCAUUCGCACUCCCGGUUGCAAUUUCCAGUGCAAAAGAUGUCAACUGGUCUUUCAACGCUAUUACGAGCUGAUUCAGCAUCAACAACGGGUCUGUUAUGCGAACGAUACCGACGCGCAGAACACUGACAACAAAGUGAGUUGGCUAAAAUUAUAUCAAAAAAAUUUUUUUUUUUAAUUGUUAAAUUGAUUUUUUCAGUCGGUCGAAGAGAAUAUGACCGAAGAGGAGCGUCAGAAGCCCGUUUCGUCGAGUCAAACCGACGAGGACAAACGAAAAGAUUCUCAUGACAACAACAACACCCCUCAGGACCUCCUGAAACUGAUCACCGGCGCCGCCGACUCCGAGGCUCUGAUGAAAAUGUUCGCCAAUCAGGCGCAGCACAAAAAGUUCUCCAAACGCUGCCCCUUCUGCGCCAAUCUGUUCACUUCCAAAGACUCCAUGAGCAAUCAUAUUGCACAUCAGCAUUCGGAUAAUCCGCUGGCCACCACGGUGAAUGUGGACAAUCUGCCGGAGGCGGAUGAGUCUCUGUCGACUACCGAGGGCCUACUAGGAACGAUUAGCGCGCUAACUGGAGGAUCCCCGUUGGAUUUGAGACAGAAGGACCCGAGGAAAUCGAGCUCCCCAUUUGAUGACCUAAAUGAUAAUCAGGAGGCCGAUGAGUUCUCUUCCAAUGGAAGCUUCGACUUCAGAGCCCUCUCAGCUAGUCCUCAUGCCCUGCUCAGUGCUUUCGGAUCACCGCUGGGAUCGGCGAUGGGCUCAGGAAUGCAGAGGAGCCCGGCCAAUGGGAGCAGUGCCAGUCAAGGGGGACCCAAAAGAUAUCGAACACACCUCACACCCUUGCAAGUCUAUGUAAGUUUUGAUGGGCUGAUUAUAUAGAGGAGACCAUGAAGGUUGAUUACUUUCAAAAUCAGGAUAAAAGUUGCAGUAAUUUCUGAGAAAUGGCCCUUUUUUGGAAAGACAUCAGAUUUGAUGUCUCUAAUACAAUAUCAGUCCAAUAUCACCCGAAUUUUGCCUCACAACCUAAAAUCCAAAUAUAUCUUUACAUUUGGUAAUGUUCAAUCAGUGUUUAGAACCCACAAAUUACCCUCGGAUUACUGUAAUUUCCCCGCAAUCUUCGUUUUUUCCAAUUUCCCCCAAAUUUUCUAUUUUUUCUCUUUACAGGUGAUGAAAUCCCUCUUCACCGACUACAAAACCCCCUCCAUGUCGGAAUGCGAAGUUCUUGGCCGAGAGAUUGGCCUGCACAAACGUGUGGUCCAAGUCUGGUUCCAGAACGCACGCGCCAAACAACGGAAGUGCGGGAUGGGAGCGAUCACCGAGGAAGGGCUCUGUUCCACCCACCCAACCGGAUGUGUGGAAUGUGGAAUCGACUUCAACGGGCGUCUAACCAUCCAAGAUCACAUCUUCUCCUCACAGCAUAUUGGGAAGGUCAAGGAAAAGGGCGCUGAAUUGCGAGGGAAUGAGGAGCCAAUUGAACGGCCGAAGAGUAUGAAAAGAGAAGGCGAGGACGGAGGGCCUAGUGAGGAUGUCGCGCUGAACCCACUCUUAUACAGUAAGUUGGGGCUUCUAAUUUUAGUGACAUCUAUUUUUGAAAAGAUUUGGGGAUACUGUAAUGUUUUAGCGACAUUUUUAAAAUUUAGUCAUAAACUUUCGUCCAUGGAGAUUUUUUAGUGUAAAAAAGCCUAGGAUUUAUCCAUAGCCGAAAGUUAACGAAUAAAAUUUUCGGAUACCUUCUAAAACACCGGUUUCAGCUCUAAUGGACCCAAAUAUGCUUGGCACUCCCAUUCAAUGCCUUCAAAUCCCCGAAAAAGUGAUGACCCAGAUUGCGGCCGACCUGGCCAAGGGAAAUUCGUCCACGGUUUUCACCCAAGACGGCCUGGAACUCCCAAAUUUGGCCCUAAAAGUGUGCGACGAGGAUUUCAAAUGCGGCACAAUUGUGGAGUCUGAAGUUGGAUGGGCUUGUCCGCAGUGUUCUCAGGUGUUCCAACAGGAAAUGUGGCUGAAAAACCAUCAAAAACUGAUUUGCCAGGGAUGCGAUGGGGUUUUCAGACUCAUUCAGCAGCAUUAUGAGUGCAUCCCCUGCGGGCAAAAGUUUGGAACACAGGUAAAUUUUGGAUUUUUUGAGAUUUCACAAAAAAUUUUUUGCAAAAAAUUACAGUAACCAAAAAAUUUUUGUUGAAAGUUACCGUAAUCCCAAAAAUUUUUUGAAAAUGUUACAGUAACCCAAAAAAAUUUGGCAAAAAUUACGGUAACAAAAAAUUCUUUUUGCUGAAAGUUGCCGUAAUCCCAAAAAAAAUGUGAAAAUGUCCUAAAAAUUUUUUCAUUAUUCUAAAAUUUGUAUUCCAGGACGACUACCGAUCCCACUGCGACCAGUCCUCGCACAAGGCCAAGCGUCAAGUCUUCCAAUCGCCCUCAACUUGCUCCACCAGCUCCGUUUAA